CUGUUAAUUGUGAAAUUUGGCAACAAGUUUACCAGAGUAUAAAUCAUAAUUAUUUCACUACUAUAACUUCCUAAAAAGCACCAUCAACAUAAACUAUCUUCUCCCCCUUAUCGGUGAAGUGGAUGUAAAAAUGUCUUCUUGGUUUACCAACGUCUCAACGGAGUGGGACAAAUCAUCAUGGAAAUUGAUGUGAAGCACACAAAGCAAAGAAACAAGAGACGGGAGAGAGCCCAACGUAUGCAAGCUGAGCGAGAUAAGGAUGCGGAUGGGGUUGGUGUUGGUGUGAUUGCCGAUGGUGAUAGUGCUGAUGAAGAUUCGAAAAAACCCAUCAGACCACCCCAGAGACGCAAAAAAGCGAAUAUUUUCAAAGAGCCAUCACCAAUACUCGAGGAAGAUGUUGUAGAUGGAUUUGCAAUUUUAUCAUUUAAAAGCUAUGAAGAUUUAGAGUAUGCAAUAAAAUUAGCUAAUAAACGUAACGAAAAACGAUUAUCGGCAAUAACUGAGUUGACGACCAUUAUGACAGAGGAUAAAUUACCAAAAAUCGAUACUGGACAGAUUAAAGAAGAGGCAGAAACCGAUGGACGGGAUCGUGAGAGAGAAUGGAACUAUAAGAACAAUAAUCAUCAUAUAACACAUAAUUCAAAUAAUAUAACCUUUAACCAUGAUCCUGGUACAUCCGAUGAUAGCGGUCGAGCCUCUGAACGUUUAACAACCUCAUCAGUAGCACAAAGAGACCAAGAUAGUUCAAGAGACCGAUUAAGUGAUGCAAGCAGUCGAUGUAGCUCAGGAAAGGGAUAUAUCUGUGAUAGUGAAGGUGAUGACGAUAAGAAAAAAAGAUUCGUACGAGUGGAACCCUCCGAUUCUCCCAAGGAACAACAACAGUCUGAUUCGGGGGGUCCACAAAGUCCAAAAAAACAAACAGACACGCAAACAACUUCACAAACGUCGGUUGUGCCAAAAGAGGCGUCUGACGGAGGAUCAACUACUGCAUCUACGUCAGGAGCAGUGGUUCCUAGGAAAUCGCUAGAUAGGUUUCCAUCUUCUGGUGUACCUCUUCUUAAUAAUGAACCUCUGGGACUAGGGGGCAGUCUAAGUCCUAUACCAUGUUCACCAUCAAACUCUGGUCCAGCACCCCCCGCUCCUUCGCCAGCACCAGCUGCACUACCUCCGCCAACUUUUCCUCCACCUUAUGCAACGACACCUCUUCAGGUCGCAAAUGAAACGCUCAAUUCGAAUUUAACAUCGAUACCGAAUCAUGUUAUAACGCUGCAAAAUAAUGGACAACAACCGGGCAUUGUGGUUCCAAUUCUAAAUGGAAAAUCAACCGCAAAUGCAGCAAAUAAAAUACCGACAACAUGCACAUCAACAUCGAAUUCAAUAACAUCAAAUAAUUCCAAGCAAUCAAUUGUUCCAUCAUCAACAGCAGCACAAUCAUUACCUGGAGGACACAGUGGAACGACGACGACGACGAAUAAUAGUAAAAAACAUUUAUCUACGAUAUCGAAUUUACUAGCACCAAUCUCAAGCACAAACACUGGAACAAGCAAUGGAGUUGCUUCAAACGUCACAGCAAUUCCAUCUCCAGUCUCUUCAACUUCAUCAUUAUCAUCGAUUUCUAUGCCAUCAAGACUUGGCUCGUCUACACCUCCCGUUGUACCACCAACAAGUUCUGCUGGACAAAACUUAGCGAAUACUCCAACGACAUCAUCAUCAUCUGUAUCUGUGAAUUCUAAUUUAGCUUUCUCUGUGCCACCUGCAAACUUACAAUCUCCUCAACAGAACCACGAUGCCAACAGUCAACAACAAAUCAUGUCUGCGUCGUCAAAUAAUAUUCCGUCGUCGAUUCUUCCAUCAUCAGCAUCUAUGAAUUUACCUCCAUCUUUAAAUGGUCCCAAUGUCGGUCCACCAAUGAUGGGCUUAGGUGGAUUACCUUUAAGUCCAAUUACAGCUCCACCAUAUCGUGCGAUAUAUUCGUCUUAUGGAAUUUAUUCACCUUACGGUCUUCAUCCACAUCCUUAUGGUAUGCCACCAACACCAAUUCCAUCACCAUCUUUAUCACCUCGAAGUGUUGAAGCGCGUCGUGAUCCAUCAAUAGUAUUAUCAAAACCUGUUCGAUCUUUAACACCAAAUACGAACAACAAUAGUAAUAAUAAUAACAAUAACCCUUCAGCAACUCAGUCCAACAUUAACAGCAACAAUUCUGGACAGAAUUCAAUAAAUUCAAUGAGUGCAAGUAGUGCAGCAAUUAACUCGCCAAGAGGUUUUAGUCCAACAAGAGAAAGAGAUAACUUUAGUGUAAGCAGUUUGUCAGUUAAAUCAACGGCAUCAAUGCCUGGUUCUUCUGUGAUACCGUCAUCAGCCACCACCAGCACCACACCAUCAUUACUUACAUCUUAUAACAGUUCUUCGGGACAAACAAGCGUUUCAUCUCCUUCGACUUAUCCCGUCUCUAGUCUAGCAUAUUCAAAGACUCCUGGUUUAGUGACGCCACCAUCAUGGCCGCCACUACCAACACCCACACCUUCAUCUCCUUCAACAAAUCUUAAUUCAAGCUCAAUUGUCACGCGACCAACUCCACCAUCAUCAGCUUCACAAUUUGGAUCAUCGACACUUUUUGCUGCUCCACUUCCACCACCAGUUGCACCGACAACUGUUGUAUCAACUCCACAUCCGUUUUCAACUGAAUCAUUACUAACAGCAAAAGGUGCUGUUGAUUCGCCCUUCUACCGAACAGGUUCGACACUUGUGGGAAUGCCACCAUAUCCAUAUCCCUCUGGAAUUCUUCAUCCGGGUUUGAGUGGACCGACACAGUUUGUGCCUCCUAGUCAUUUGCAGUCAUUCGUGCCGAAGAAAACGGGUCGGUGGAAUGCGAUGCAUGUACGAGUGGCAUGGGAAAUUUAUCAUCAUCAAGCGAAACAAAAUCCCGAAAAAGCAAGUUCAGUUGGUGGUGUAAAGCCAGAAAGUAUGCUUAGACCUAACAUGUAUCCACCACCAUCAUCACCAAGUGUGCCACGUCCUCAUGAAAUGACUUCAGUGCCAUCUGGCUUUCCACCAAAUUCACUUCCUGGAAGACCUUUCGAUCCUAUUACAGCAAAUUUCUUAAACUCACCAUCUAGUCACAUGGGAGUAUCACCAUUUGGACGUUACGCUCCACCUUUUGGUUCUCCAUUUAGUGGCUUAUCACCUUAUGUAAGAGACUUACCACCUAUAGGUGGACCAAUUCAUGAUCCAUGGCGAAGUAGCAUUAGUAGAAGUAUGGGAGCUUAUCCACCUCCACAAACUUCACUUGGCUCAACAUGGCCAUUGAAACCUGAUCCGGGACUUGAUGCUGCACGGAGGGAGGCUGAAGAAAGAGAAAGAGAACGUCAAAGACGUGAACGUGAAGAAAGGGAAAGAAAAGAACGUGAACGUGAACGAGAAGAUAAAUUAAAGCGUGAACGUGAAGAAAGAGAGCAACGUGAACGUGAGAGAGAAAGGGAGAGGGAGCGUGAAAGAGAACGAGAGCGUGAGAGAAAAGAAAGAGAGCGGCGUGAAAUGGAGAGAAGGGAAAUGGAACGUGAAAGACUUUUACAUCAACAAAGACUUAACGAUAGCUCGAAAGUGUCACGAGAUCGUUCACCAUUAAGGAACGGCGAAGAUAUUCGAGUGAAAGAAGAGCCAAGAAAGGAAGAUGCAGAAAUGAUGAUGAUGAGAGCGGAGAAUCAACGAUAUCAUCAAUCAAUAACAGCUUGGCAAAUGGCUGGUCGUCAUCCACAUAUGUUGCCACCACCGCAUUUGUCAAGAGCUGGAAUUCUCCCUCCAUCUCCAAUGGUAGGGUUGGCUCAUUAUCCGUCUGCAGCACCAGGAUGGCCUUCACCACUUGAUCCUUACAGGGAUCCUUAUCGACUGAUGGAUCCUAUGUUACGUACUUAUCCAAUGAAUCCAAUGUUAGAUGCGAUACGAGUUGAAGAGGCGAAAGCGUAUGCUGCUGCUUCAGCACAUUAUCGAAGUAAAGAUCCUAGUCCGGUGCCUCAAAUGGGCCAUCCACCAACAGUACCCUCACCACAUCAUAGACAUCCAAGUCAGAUGAAAAACACAACACAAAUCGGUUCUAGUGGCGGUCCACCAUCAUCUGUGUCAUCAAAUAGUCUCACAAUGCAGAAUGAUAUGCACAAAAAGGAAGACACAUCACGAUGAUAAAAGCUUUAACUUUUACAAAAGAUUUAUCGAAAAAGAAGAAAAUUUUUGAAGGAAAACUUAAAUGAAUCUCAAAACGACAGAAGUAUGACGAUCAGAGAAUGUGUAAAACAUUUUAAUCGUUCUUUUAAGCAGAUAAUGGUGAUAACUUGAUUAAUUUCUCCUUCUUUUUUUAUUAAAUAAUUAUUAAAUUGUCAAAUAAGUAAAUAAAUUAAUGAAUCAAAGAUAGACAAAAGGAAAUGAAAUGAACCUGACGAUGAAAACAAAAGUAUUUUAGAAAUACGCUCUUGAGAUAUUAUUCUCGUCUCGACUUGUUUAAUUUAAUUGUAAAUCGAUUAAUCAAAUUUUUCAAUUUUUAUUAUUUAAAAACAAAACAGAAGAGAAUUGUCUGAGUCCGAUUAUUGCAUUAGAAUCCGAAUUGUGACAUCAUUUGAUGGCAUCACAGUGCUUGUAGGAUUUGUUGUAUUUAAAUAUCUUAGAACUAAAUAGCAGAAACUUUUCUUCGGACUCAUUCAUUCUUCAUCAAUUUCUUUUCAAAUGAACUCAAACAUGAAAGAAAUGAAAUAGUAAA